UCUAGGUGAUUUAGCGCCGCCAGUCUCAAGCAGGUGUCCAACAUGGCGAUCACGAGGAGCGGAUCUCUCGCUAUUUCUUUCUGUGUUUUCGUGGUUUCAGCGGCGUUUCUUCCGAAAGGAGCUGCUGAAACUGUGACAGUUGAGAGUCAGAACCUGGCGACUGACAAUGUGUCUGUGAUCGAGGGAGAAACAGCCACCAUCAGCUGCAGAGUGAAGAACAACGACGACUCCGUAAUCCAGCUGCUCAACCCCAACAGACAGACCAUCUACUUUAGAGAUCUUAGACCUCUCAAGGACAGUCGGUUCCAGCUGGUGAAUUUCACUGACAACGAACUCCGGGUGUCUCUGUCUAAUGUGUCACUCGCCGAUGAGGGGCGCUACGUGUGCCAGCUAUACACAGAUCCUCCUCAGGAAGCCUACGCAGACAUCACUGUCCUGGUCCCGCCAGGCAGCCCAAUCAUAGAGAGCCGGGAGGAUGUGGUCAGCGAGGGGAACGAGACGGCGCUCACCUGCACAGCCAUGGGCAGCAAGCCAGCCGCCUCUAUCAGAUGGAUGAAGGGGGAGGAAGAACUGACAGGUGAGACAACAGUUGAGGAGAUGUAUGACAGGAUGUUUACUGUCACCAGCCGGGUGAAGUUUUCUGUCACCAAAGAGGACGAUGGAGUGCCAGUGGACUGUAUAAUUGACCAUCCAGCAGCAAAGGACCUCCUCGCUCAAAGACACUUGGAAGUGCUAUACAAACCAGAAGUGAAAAUUGUGGUGACAUAUCCAGAGGGAUUAACCAGAGAGGGUGACAACCUAGAUUUGACUUGCAUCGCUGAAGGAAAACCGCAUCCCCAUCAGAUCAACUGGCUGAGAGUAGACGAGGAUGUGCCGCCUCACGCUGUGGUCACUGGCUCUGAUCUCUACAUCGAGAACCUCAACAAGUCCUAUAAUGGCACCUAUCGCUGUGUGGCUUCUAAUGCUGUAGGAGAGGCCUAUGAUGACUACAUCCUCUAUGUAUAUGAUGCUCCCACUACUAUCCCCACACCCACCACCAACCCAGUCAACACGCAAGACUCCAGAGCUGGCGAGGGGGCACCGCAGAAAAUUGACCAUGCUGUCAUUGGAGGAGUGGUUGCUGUGGUGAUGUUUGCGAUCCUCUGUGCACUCAUUGUUCUUGGUCGAUACUUUGCCAGACACAAAGGAACUUACUUCACACAUGAAGCCAAAGGGGCAGACGAUGCAGCUGAUGCAGACACAGCCAUCAUUAAUGCAGAGGGGGGACACAACAACACAGACGAGAAGAAGGAGUAUUAUAUCUAAUCUGGACAGGCCAGGAGAGACGGGUGGGGAUGCUGGUGGUGGUGCUGAUGCUGCUGUGGAAGCAUUAUGUCCAACUCUGAUUUGAAAUGGUUUUAGGAUGGGGAAGGCAAGUUUUAAAGAACAAAGGAAGAGAAAAUAUGGAAAGUAGGACUGGCAUGGCCAUGCAGUAAGAAGAAGCGUUGCUGAAUCUCCUAUCCGACCCUCCCUGGACUGCUGGGUCCUACUCUGUACAGUUCAGUUAUUUUACAGACAAUUUUGUGCCUUGUUCUAUUGCUUUUGUUUGUUUUGUCGUUUUCCCUUCUCAUGCUUGUUGGAUUAGAUUUUUCUUCAUGUAUUCCACUUGAUCUAUUGUUGCUUUUGGCUUUCAGAGGAGAGUCGGUGGGUCUGGUGUUUGUCUAUGUGUGCUGCAGCUAGCUUUUAGCUAAUGUAACCAGAUAUGAGAAGCAAGCUGAGCUUUUUUUUGAGCAAUCUCCAGAGUUCAUCAAAUAGUGUGUCAAAACUAUUUCCCCCCCUGCUGCAUCAGAGUCCUACAGGGCCUGCAAGAUCAUCACAUUUAUAUGCAGGUCUGAUUAACUUUGAUGUGUUCCAGCAGACUACCCUCAGUCCCUUCAAAAUUCAGCUUCAUUGAGUCGAUCUUUAUGUUACGUUGUGAGGAACCAUACCUAUCUUAGAAUGUAUUUGCUCAUAAAAGUGAGUGGGAGUUAUUCUAUGUAUAAUGUUAAAAACCACAAAGUAAAACAGAUCCUUUAGUGGUUGCAAGAUCUAAUGUUAACAUCCAGGUUUGCAAUGUCUCUUCAGUAACGCAGUUUUCCUCCAUUCUCCAACUGCUUCAUACCACACCGGCAGCAUUUCAGAAGUACAGCCGUUUACCUGCUCGACUGUACACGUUGCUCUCAACAGGGUAAAGUCACGCACUCUUUCGUAUUUAAUUAAAAGGUCUCUCACACUCAACUCUUAAUUAAUUUUCAUCCCCUGGUCCUUUCUAUUUCUGUCAUAAAAUAUAUCUGUGGCGUCACACAACACCUCCUGUUUCCUACAACAGAAAUUAAACCUCUGACCAAUUAACUUUUGGCCCAGUGCCAGUGGUUAUGUUGGAAGGUUUAACUGGCUGACUUCCUCUCCAGCUUAUCUAUUGUGUUCAGUUUGCUGUGGCAACUGUCAACAAUAGACUACACAGUUUUUUUGUUUUUGUUUUUUGUGUUUUUUUUUUUAGCUGAGCAGAGAGCUACCACUGGGAUUCUUUGGAAACUGACUGCAACAUGUCUGGUGUAAUCACAAGUAGUGGCCGUGGUUAAUGUUAACAGCUGUUGUUGACCUAGAUCUGGUGAAAUGUUGGGGUCAGUAGAUGUGAGGUCAGUGUAGCAUUGGUGUGAAACCCAGUUGAAGAAAUCUUAACCAGAUUAAUGUGUCACUGAUGUGAAGGCAACAUGUCUGCGUCACAAAUCAGAGCCGUUUAUUCUUUUCAAUAUCUGUAUCAAAAAUUUGACAAAUCAUGAUAAAUUAAAAAAAAAAUGGUGUAGAGAAAGUAAUUAAGUAUUAAGUAAACACACUUAUUUUUGUUGCUAAGAACUGGAAAUGGUUGAUACCACUGUAAUGUCUUCACAAUAAAAAGAAAGCUGCUGCCAGCUGUCAAUUAGCUUAGCAUUACUAUUGGAAACAGAGACUCAGCUAACCUGAGCUUUACUAGUGUAUUUGUUGUCCUUGAAAAGUAUCAGGCUAACAGUCCCCCUCCUUCCUUCUAAUUAUUACAGUCCUUACAGACCCUGAGUCUGUUGGCUGGCAUAAUUUUGGUAACAGGGUCAAAGUUGUUGGCAUGUAUAGUAUGCGACACCUAAAAAGAUGCCUGGAAGUGCAAAUUCCUCAAUUUUCAUAAUUUCAUCCCACCCACAAGGUCAAUUCUGGACCAAAUAAAAUAAGCAGAUAAGCAUGUAUAUAUUUGACGUCAAUAUUUCUUGUACACAGCAAAGUUUGAAAGACCUCCUUGCCAAAAAAUUAACUUUUUAUCUGGUGGUACAGCAUUUUGAUCAUUUAGCUGGAAAAUGUUACAGGGCUUUGGUUUAAUCAUUUUCCAGAGGUUUAACUUUGUAUUUGACUGUGGUGUAUCAAAGGAAAGAAAACAAGCUAAACGUUCAAUGUUUCCUUUCAGUGAUGUAUAAGGUAUCAAGCUAUUUCCAUGUGACCGCCCAUAUCUACUUAAAAAAAAAAAAAAAAAAAAAAAAAAAAAAAAAUCACAGCUUAUUUUUUGGCUUAAAAAAGUCCUUGCCAAACCUUUCUCUGCCCUUCACUAUUCGGUAGAAAUUCAAUCACUACAGACAUGAGUUUGUUAUAUUUCCUUGCUCUUUGAACAAACAUUUUUUUUCCUUGGGCUGUCUUUGAUUACUUGGAAGUUCAAGGGCCCUUACAACUUCUAAGAAAUGUGUGUACAGCUUUAGACUUUAGAAAUGGGAGAGAAUUUUUUUUAAUGUCAUCUUACAGCCUCAAACGUUCACAGAGAAGAAAUCCAGUGCUACAAAUUUAUCUUUUUUUUUUUUUUUUUCCAUCAGCAUAGUGAACUCUACACAUGCUCUAUGCCUCUCUGACUCACAGCUACGAGAGCAAAACCUUUUGGGUAAUUAGCAAAUAAAUCCACUAUACUGCUUGAAUAAGAAAAAAAAGGAUAACCACUGCCUUAAACAGAUCUCUUGAUAUUUAUCAUUAUAAAAAAAAGAAAUGCUGAAGGACUUAAGUCAGUGCCUUCUUUUGAUUUUGAGGAGUAAGGUUAAUAUCCUACAUUAUCCUCAUGUACACUCUUACAGUAUAUAUUGUACAUAUAUCUGUUCUUUCUAACAAAGCUUACAAAAAAACUGGAAUUAGUUCAAAAAUAACAUUUUUUUUGUUCAUCAAGUUGGUGUGGCAGCUUACCUUGAAAAUAUUAAAUGCCAAGUUGUAGUAUUCAUGACAAAAACAUUUUGAUUAGGCCAGAAUGAUUUUGCCAGCUUCACUGAAUUUAUUAUUUAUUUGGAUAUUUCCAGGGUCAAGGCUAAAUAGCAUUUUCAGAGAGGAAUACAGCGUUGAAGGUUGUAAUAAGCUACAAGAAAAUUGUGUUGUUUUUUUUUUUUUUUUUUUUUUUUUUUGGUUUUUUUUUUUUUUUUUUUUGGGUUUGUUUUUGUUUUUAUCCUGGAUUGUAGAGUUAUGGCGUCAUGGAAACAGUUAUGUGCAUGGCUAAAGUUAUUCUAGGCUUUGACGUUUAUCUUAAAUGGUAACUUUAUGGUCGCUUUUAAUAGAUGAACAUUAAACAGUGGUCAGAGGCAUCAUAUUAAUCCUUUUUAUUAAUAUUGCAUUAUAUUUAGUUGUUUUUUUUUUCACUCUCUCAGGUUCAUGAGUGUUAAUAGUUGUGUUUUUUGCAUCUCAGGUAGAAUGCAAAUUUUAAGCCCCAAGUAUAUACUGUAGUACCACAGCUAUUGAAGAAGUAAAUAAAUCACAAGAUGUACAUGUUUUUCUCAGUUGUACAUGUUAAUGUGUUCUUAAUAUGGUGCACUGUUACAGUAAAUGUUAAAUAUUAUUUUGCAUAGACCUAGUUCACAAAGAUACUAGAUUUGUUAAACAGACGAAAAUGAUGUACAGUCAGUGUUAACAAAACCACAACAAUGUUAAUGAGACUUCUUCCACUGUAAUAGUUUGUUCAUACAGUAUCAGUUAUUUAGUGAUUAUAGAUUGUGACCACAGACAGUCAAUCAAGCACUGGUUUGGAUUCAGUCAAUUCAUGCAUAUCUUUUCAUAAAUGAAGAUGGUGUAUUUACUGUGACAUGAAGUUUUAUGAAUGACCUGUAACGUCUUGGAUAUUUGGAAAAUGAAACUCAUGUUUAACACCUGGGGAGGGAGAAGGGGGUAUGGGGCAUUGAGAAGGGUGGAGGUGGUUGUUUUAUAACCCCAAAAUGGUUGUUUUUGUUGUUAAAUCUUAAAUUUCUUUCUGUUCCAAGGUGACAUUUUUCUUUUGUGUAGUGAAGGGGAUGAUUAUCAUAUGACCAUGCAUAUUUUGUAUUGGUUCACACCAACAUUUUUACAAAAAAAAAACAAAAAAAAAAAAACAAAACAAAACAAACAAAAAAAAAGUCAGAAGAGUAAUUGUCUUAAUAAAAAGAUAUCAAUGUUUAAA